AUGACACCCAUUGUACAAAGUAAUAACUCCCAAAAAGGGAGUGAAGGGAAGGGAAGGGUUGGCGGAAGUGAGUGGGAUUGUUGCAUGGUAGGCAAUAACCCCCCAUCUUUGGGCGCGGUAAUGCCGUAUCACUCACCACGGUCACGGGGAGUUCACCUUCUCCAAAUUAUACUGGCUAGUAUUUUAUGGGGAGGAAGUCCAGAGAAUCCAUUAUAG